AUGGCUGAAGCACGGCAGCACGCGUGGUCCUAUCCCAUCUGCGCGGUUUCAUCGCAGGCGCCGCCGGGGGCGCCGCUGCCAUCCGUCGAUCAGCGACGGCAGCCGCUUGAGCUUGAGCAGGCAGUCGACGACGUUCUUCCAGGCGCCGCGCACGGAUUCGACGAAGCGAUUGGCGAUGUUGAAGAGCGCGAGCGUGGCCAUCCGUGGCUUGAGCUCGUUGCUGAAGGUGAAGAGCGUCUCCUCCGUGGUGGCGUAGGGGUUGAGCAGCGUGGUGAACUUGCAGAGGCAGCAGAGCAGCUCGUCCAGGGCGCCGCUGGCCUCCUCGCCGCGCCCGUCUCUCUCCUCCCUCUCCUGCUCUUCUGGGUCAGGCGAGUAGGCGACCAACGCAACGCAAGUGGCCGUGGAUCAGCCAUGCCCGCGCUUCUCGUCAACACCGUCUCGGUCUCCCCUGCCGCCCCAAGGCUACGCUCCUCGCGGCCCGCCACGGCACGGCGAGCAAGUGCGCGCCACAGCCACAGGUGCCGAGCCGAAGCAUCCGGCAGCGGCACCAACGGCGGCGACAGCGGCUACAGGCCGGGGGGCGUCCGCGGCUCGUGGGUGUCGGACUACGACUUGUACGAGCUGCUGGGCGUGGAGCGGUCAUCGCCGCAGUCGGAGAUCAAGGCGGCGUACCGGUCGCUGCAGAAGCGGUGCCACCCGGAUGUGGCCGGCGCCGCGGGCGGCCACGACAUGGCCGUCAUCCUCAACGAGGUGUACGCGCUGCUCUCCGACCCGGCCGCGCGCCUCGCCUACGACCAGGAGCAGGCGCGCCGCUCCGAGUUCGCUGGCUACACGGGCCGCCCGCUCUACUCCUCCUGGCUCGGCCCCGAGUCCGAGCGCCGGGCCGUGUUCGUCGACGAGGUGCGCUGCGUCGGCUGCCUCAAGUGCGCGCUCCACGCGUCCCGGACCUUCGCCGUCGAGUCCGUGUACGGCCGCGCCCGCGCCGUCGCGCAGUGGGCCGACGACGAGGACAGGAUCGUCGACGCCAUCAACACCUGCCCCGUCGACUGCAUCUCGAUGGUGGAGAGGUCGGACCUGGCGGCUCUCGAGUUCUUGAUGUCCAAGCAGCCGCGCGGCAGAGUCCGCGUCUCCGAAGGAAACGCCGUGGGAGCGCGCGCGCCCAACGUCUUCAACGAAGUCGCCAAGUUCCAGAAAAGAUUCUUCGAGAUGAAGCAGAAAUCUGCGACCAGAGAAUCCCAGGAGCCAGAGGCGGCACGGCAGUCGAGGACGUCAGCAGUUCAUACCAUCAGAUCCAUGUCGAACUGGUGGUACUGGCGGCCAUUAGGGUUCGGGGCAUCGGCCCCGGCCACCAUUGUCCGCGCUUCGCGCCUCCUGCCGCCGCCGGCGGCGGCGGCGGCGGCAUCGGCACCCGCUGACCCCGUGACGGAGAGGCUCCAAGAAGCCGCCGCUGCCCGGCGCAAAACGGAAGGCGCGGCCACGGCACACGCCCGGCGCGACGACUACUGGACCCCGCAGCUGAACCUGCCGUCGGUAGCUCUUCCGCCGAGCAUUCGCCAGAGGGGAAGGGACACUCCCACUCCCCAAGGCCACGGCCGCAGGCGAGGAGCAGCCGGUGAAACGGCCGCCGGCGCCGGGAGGAAGGGCAUAAGCAUCGACCUGAUGGCGCCGCUGCUUUUGGGGAUCGUCGCGGCGGGGUUCGUGGGUUACAACGGGGAGGGGGUGGCCGGAGGUGGCAGCGGCAUUCAGGAGCAUGUUGGCGGCCCCAUUGCUCUUGUAGUCGUCAACAGCUUUGAAAUGAAGGCCGUGCUGGCCGGGGUGACUUGGUUCAUCAUCGGCGCAGCCAUUGCCGGUGUGAUUCAGGUACUUGGAAGAAGGGAAGAGAACAUUUGGAAAUGA